AUGAGAAUUGAUGGCUACCUACAAUCGUUUUGCUACUUCGCAGAAAUAAUAGAUGAAGUCAGGCGUGAAUUUAUCUUCCGGGAUGACAUUGCUGCUGCUGCCGCCAACCUUCUCCGGGACAUGCAAAUCAACCACAACGCUUCUUUAAUUGUUGGGGUUCAUGCUCGGCGUGGCGACAUUCUGCAGACGGCAUGGACAAAUUGGGGUCUACGAGCUGCUGAAAAAAAAUAUUUCCUCAAGGCUUUUAGUCUCAUGAAAUCAAAGUUUCCAGGCCGAAACAUGACAUUCUUAGUCUCCAGCGACGAUCUAAAGUGGUGCAGGGAGAAUCUGUUAGGGAAAAACGUUAUUGUUAUGCCACCUGCAUCCCCUGCUGUUCAUUUAGCCGUGUUGUCUAUCUGUGAUCACGUGAUAAUGUCUGGUGGUACUUAUGGAUGGUGGGCUGGAUGGCUGGCUAAUGGAGACGUUAUUUACCACACAGGGUUCAUUCAAAAUGGAACAGCUUUUGGAGAUAUGAUAAAAAGACAGCAGUAUUACCCACCACACUGGAUAGGGCUUGGAAACUGA